GUGGUCACUGUGUUAAAAACUGGACUGUAAGAGCUUUAAAAGAACGGAAAAGAAAGAGAAGGGUGGGGGAGGGGUGGACAGGAAGUAUGAAUGUACUUCCCUCCCCCACUCUCAAACUGAAGAAUGAGUCUGCAUUAAUACCAUUCUGUUCACAUUGUGACCUUCGUCCUCCUCCUCAUCAUCGUCAUCACCAUCAGCAGUCAUGGUCUCUCAUUCUCUCCUGCUGGUUCUGCUGGUUCUGCUGGUUCUGCUGGGUCUCACCUGCCUUCAGUCCUUCACACCGGCCUACAAUGGACAUGGACCAGGACAGUGCUGUUUCAAUUACCAGACACAUCCAAUCCCUGCAAAAUAUAUUACAGCGUAUGAAGAAACAGAGCAUCAGUGUACAAAACCUGGAGUCAUCUUUACCCUAAAUAAAGGUCGUCGUGUGUGUGCAGACCCCGGCGUCGAGUCGGUGAAGAACAUCAUGGAAAUAAUUGACCGGCGCUUUUUUACCUGAUCCAAACUCAAACAAGUGUUUCAAAACUCUCUCCAUUAAUAAGUCUUUCAUAUUUCUUUUUCGAAAUUCACUUUUUAUGUAAUCAGACGGGAGGAAUAAAGAUUAUUCCUGUAAUAAAGCUGA